CCAGCAGGCGGCACACACACACACGCACACACACACACACACACCAGCUCACACACACACACACGCACACACACACACCAGCUCACACCGGCUCUCGGUCUUGUCGUUGUCCUUGUUUUUGUUUUUGUUGUCCUUGUUAUUGUGGUGCGACCCCCCCUCCACCCCCGAGGAUUGCUUCCCCCCCAGGCGGGAGAUUGUAUGUGUGCUGGCGGAAGCUAAAGAGACGGAAGCUGGAAGCUGGAAGCUGGAAGCUGGACAGACGACCUCCACUUCCUCGUCGUCGCCGCGGACGUGUAGUCAUCCUGCGCUGGUCACUGUGGAGGAGGAGCACCUGAGGAGCACCUGAGGAGCACCUGAGGAGCACCUGAGGAUCACAUGAGGAGCACAGAAGCAUCCUGAUUACACCUGCUGACCACGCCCACAAGGAAGACAGCCAGCGUUCCUCCUGCAGGCAUGAGGUCCUACCGCUCCUUCAGCAAUGACGACCGCCACGUGAUGGCCAAACACUCCUCCAUCUACCCCACCUGCCUCCACCUGGAGGCCGUGCAGACGCUGGUGUCCAACGUGGAGGCCGCCCUCAAGCACGUGUCGGACUGGCUGGAUCAGGAUCAGGACCAGGACCAGGACCAGGACCAGGACCACGGACAACCACAGGAAGACAGCGCACAGAAGAAGGAGGAGGAUGAGGAGGUGAAGGAGGUGGAGGAGGUGGAGGAGGGUGGAGAUGAAGCCCAGGGGUCCGGUGAUGGCUACAGGGAGAGUGGCAGAGUUCUGUGUGGCGUGAUGAGGAUCGGACUGGUGGCCAAGGGACUCCUCAUCCAAGGUGAUCUGGACCUGGACCUGGUCUUGAUGUGCAGACACAAACCCACACACGUGCUGCUGGACAACAUCGCACACAACCUGCCGCAGCAGAUACAGAAGCUGACCCAGGAGAAGUACGAGGUCACCAGCUGCUCGCCCCAGGCGGCCAUCUUGGUACGUACCACGGCGCAGCCCCAACUGGGGCUGAAGAUCAGCCUCACCUCGCCCGCCAUGAGGGAAGAGGAGGAGGAGGAGGAGGAAGAGGAAGAGGAGCAGGAACAGGAGCAGCAAGGGGAAGAAGAUGUGGCGUUGGAUGGCGUGAAAGAGGACGAAGAAGGCGAGGAAGAGGUGGCCUUGGAUGGCGUCAACCAGGAGGAGGAGGAGAAGAUGAACGGCCAUGUGUUGGCUGCCGCUGCUGAGGAGGAGGAGGAGGAGGAGGAAGAGGAGGUGCUGGAUAGACACAGAUGUCUGUGGGCCUUGGCAGCGCUGCGACACGCCAAGUGGUUCCAGGCCCGAGUGGAAGGACUCAAGUCCUGCAUCAUCGUGCUCAGGGUUCUGCGGGACAUGUGCAAGAGGCAGGCCGCCUGGGAGCCUCUCGACGGAUAUCCCCUGGAGUUGAUCUGUGAGAAGGCCAUCGCCACCUGCAGCAGACCCCUAGGGGCGGGGGAGGCCCUGCGUCGGGUCAUGGAGUGUGUGGCCUCGGGCAUCUUGCUCCCAGGUGGUCCUGGUCUACAUGACCCCUGUGAGAAGGAGCCCACCGACACCUUAGCCCACAUGACAGAGCAGCAGGCCGAGGCCGUCACCUGCAGCGCACAGCACGCGCUCAGGCUCAUCGCCUUUGGGCAGAUCUGCAAAGUGUUGGAGAUGGAUCCUCUUCCUUCCAGCAAACAGAAGUUCCCUUGGUGCGACAAAGAAGGCUUGGCCCUGAAGCGGCCGUACGAGGACGGCGUGAUGGACGACAGAGAGCUCAUCAAGAGGAUGAAGAGGAACCUGAGAAAAGUUCUAGACAGCAAAGCCAUGGACUCCAACCAGCCCAUGAACGCCCUCAUGCGCUUGAACCAGAUCCGUCCAGGUCUACAGUACCGUCUGCUGUCCCAGUCGGGCCCGGUUCACGCUCCCGUCUUUACCAUGUCCGUGGACCUGGACGGGACCGUCUAUGAGGCAUCGGGGUCCUCCAAGAAGACCGCCAAACUCCAUGUAGCAGUCAAGGUUCUUCAGGCCAUGGGCUACCCGACCGGGUUCGACUCCGACCUGGACCCCAUGAGCUCGGACGAGAAGUCUGACGGCGAGGGCAAGAGCGAGACGUCCUCGCACACCAGCAAUAACGCCACGCACGCCUCGGACAGCUCCAACACGCUGGAGGUGCGGACUCAGGGUCCCAUACUGACCGCCAGCGGCAAGAACCCGGUCAUGGAGCUCAACGAGAAGAGACGAGGACUCAAGUACGAGCUCAUCUCCGAGAGCGGUGGCAGCCAUGAUAAACGCUUCGUCAUGGAGGUUGAGGUGGACGGGCAGAAGUUUCGGGGUGCAGGCCCCAACAAAAAAGUAGCAAAGGCCAGUGCCGCCUUGGCCGCCCUGGAAAAACUAUUUUCAGGUCCCAACGCCGCCGCCAACAAGAAGAAGAAACUACUUCCUCAGACUAAAGGUGUGCUGGCAGCGGCGGUUGCUGCCCAGGUAGCCAGAGGAAGAGGAAGAGCCGCCCUCGCACGGGGAGCCUUUGUCAGCGCCGCCGCCCCGGGAUACGUCACGCCAGGUUUCGGGACGCCGUACGCCUACAGCCACGCUGCCGCCGCAGCUGCCGCCGCCGCCGCUGCUCCCACAUACGGUAUGUUUCUUUACUUCCUGUUUGUUCAUUCUGCUCCCUGACAGCUUUCUAAACAAUCACUUUAUAACAACAAACUUUCUAA